GUUAGAUGGUAUGAAGAAGAUUGAACCCAAUUCUAGUUUAUUGUCUUUCGUUUUAUCACAAAUUAUCUCAUUUUAUCGUAGUUUGUUAGUUUUAUCGAAAGAAGUUUACUAGUCAAUAAUUCUUCGUAACAACCCGUCGUAUAUGGAUACGAAGACAAGGAGGAGGAGGAGGAACUUGGGAAUGGCAACAUCGGUUGUCGCCGCUGGCGAACCAUCAUCACCUGAUCAAUUCGCGAAGCUGCCGAAUGAAUUAGCGGUGGAGAUCCUUUCCAGGUCGGCGAUGACGCUGAACGAAGCGGCGAGAUACAGCCUGUUGGGGAAACGGUGGAGGCACCUGUGGCAAUCGAUCGACGGCGGGGUUCUGGAUUUCAACCAGAAGAGCAACGAUGAGCAACAAGGGAAUGACAGAAAUCGCAUCUCCCACGAAGAACGGCGCCGGUUUGCGGACCGGGUCGAUCAAGCCAUCAGUAGAAUCACUGCUACUACCUUGGACGGAUUGAGAAUCGGGUUCAAUCUCUUGGAGAUGGAAGAGGAAGCCCGGAGAUGGAUCCAAUUCGGAUUCGCGGCGAGAGUCAAGCAAUUGACCCUGUCGUCUUACUUCGUCCAGAAGUCCGGAGAGGCACACCUUGGGGUUUCUGGAUCUCUGUUCUUGGCCCCUGAAUUCCUCCGCCGGCAAGACCUCGGCCGCCUCGAGGUUUUGGAAUUCCAGGGCGUGGCCAAGAUUCCUCAGGGAGCGUUGGAUCACAUCUUCUCAAACUGCCCCAACCUGCAACGCUUGUCUCUCACCAACUGCAUUUUCCAUGAAGAAGGGACUGUCGUCAGAGUUUGUUCUCCCAAGCUCCAGAGGUUGACAUUUCAUUUCCCCCAACCUCUUCACUUUCUCGCUAGGAUCGUGCUCGUCUCUGCUCCGGGUCUUCACACUCUGGAGGUGGGUGGAGGACCAUGGCUCCCAAUGAUCGAAUUUGGGGACGAUAUUCCUCUGCUUCGGGAGCUAUGUUGUUAUAAUCGGGGGCUAUUGAUAGAGCAACGCUGCUACUUCCCGUGGUCUCGUUCUCAAUUCGACAAGUUUGCUCCUCGACUGCAGUUUCUUAAUAACGCUUCGAGUCUUCUUCACUGCACCGGCCUGCUGAGAGCAGCUCCAAUGUUGAGCCGAUUCUCCAUGUCGUUCCUGCCAGCUGGUUGCCAUCGAUUUCGUGAGCACCGGGGCCAGAGUGCACAUGAAUUGUCAACAUGGAAGCAUCACUCUCUGCAGGAGCUUCACUUCCAUGGGGUGCAUCCAUUGGCCAAGAAGGAGCAGCAAGUUUUUGACCCUCACGUACUCCAACUCGAGCUUGCUGCUUACAUAAUCAUCAACUCGCCUUCAUUAAACCAGGUUUUUAUCGAUACCACAAAUUUAAUCUCCGACUCCAGAGAACCACAUGAGGUUGAUGCUGACAUUCUUAGAGCUAGGAUGCAGUUGGAAACCCAUCUCCACUCUCAUACAGCCACUUCCCAAAUUCACUUCACUUAUUGUUAAUUAGUUAUUAUUAAAUCAAUAUGAUUAUUAUUAUUAGUUUAUUAGCCUUCACUAUACAGCCUUCUGCCUGUAACCAUCAUGAAUUAUCCGUCCAAAAAACAUGACUGGUGACACAAUGGAGAUAAGAUCACAGAGAGCACAGCUUGACAGGAAUGGAACAGCGUCGAUGGCAAGAAAAUGAUGAUUUCCGGUGACGACAAUGAUGCUGAAUAUACCCAUGAGGUGGAGCUGGAAUUGUUUGCAGCUGUAUGACGAUGAUUUGGAUCAAUGCCGUUGGUGGUUAGGCAGUGAUCAUUCAACCAGCGGAAAGCAAAGGCUGCUAUCUAACAGUUGGUUUUCAGUGUCCAACCUGCACUAAUAAGCCAUUGCGAGUUUAAUGCUCUGCUAAAGGGUAACUGAUUUUCACCUUCAAACCUUUACAAUUGACGUGUAAUACUCAAGGACAGUUCCAACUUGAUAGAAAUAUGUGGGCUCUAAUGGUUCUUAGAGCAAACUGCUUGAACUUGAUGUGCCAUUCAGGCUAGGACACCAUACAUCUUAGCGACGAAACCUGUCAACUAGUUUGGCAUUGUAGCUAUUUUCAUGUUGCUGCAGAUUCUUCUGCACUUUCCUUGACAAUAACAUGUGGCCUUCUCCGAUGUAUUAUGCUCGAACAUAUUAUUUGUGAGCCUGGGUUAUACCAUUAUUACCUUCCGAGGAGCCUCAACUUGGUUCUCGUAUCAGUCUUCUUUACUUUGUUGGUUCGACCGCAGGUUAAGACAGAUAGAUAAGAGGAUUUGGGCUAGUUAGAGGUUUUACCAUACAAAUGCCACAAAUCAUUGCCACUCUUUGAAUUUGUUGAUGAUCACAUAAUCACAUUCAAGAAGAGAUGAAAAAACCGUCGAUGCAGAUGACAUGUACUGUGAGUCAGUCGUAUCAUUUGCUAUUGGGGCGUUAUUAUUACGCAUUGGGCUUGCAGCAGAGGUUCUAAAUCAACAUCAUGUAGCUUUGUCAGUCGGUUUCUUUUUAGACAAGACGAUUUGUGAAACUCAACUUCUAGGAGCUGAUCAUCUGUGUGUGUUACUUUGAGGUUCGCGUUAUUGAAAAUUUGGAGAAUCUACCGGGAGUUGAUCAAUAUAAUGUAGUUUGAGUUUGUGUUACCACACGUUGAGCCGUGUGAGAAGUUAGUUGAUGAUAGUUAUCCUUGUGUAUUUGGGGUCUGAAUCAUGUUCAUGAUUGAUGUGAUGUUGUUCUCUGCUUUACCUUAUUCAUGUUCUGGUUUGUGAAUAAGUAUGCAGGAAAGGAUUGGAGAUUAUUUGGAUACCGUGCAAAGUGGUCUCUGAGGAGGUGGAUUGGGAGUAUCUGAUUGCCAUAUCAUAUCGUGUUACCAGACAAAGCUCUGAAAUGGGAUGCUGACCGAAACUUCGAGCAGCAGCAAAGAUGGAGUGGCAGCAGAUGUGAACAGAUACAACAACAACAACAACAAUGGAGGGGUUGGUAGGACUUACACAUGUCUGAAUCGAUCUGUAUUUCCAAGUACAUGUCACUGGAAUCUCCUGGCAAAGGAACACGAGGAGUGUUGCCAACCUAGACCAACUAUUAAUGUGGUUUAGGACUUGGCUUCUUUUUCUCAUUUUGUGUGUUUUCUGUUUGUUGAAUGGUUUGUAGCUAUACAGCUGACGACUGUGAUGAUAGAUGGUAUUGAGAAACUGGACUGUUGUUAAUUGUUAUAGGUCAGUGCCAUAAAUAUGUUAAGCGGCAUUGUUGCAAUGAAAAACCUCUCAUAUUGCUGCUAAAAAAUUGUGGAU